GUCAUCACUUUGAGGAAACACGAUCACGUGAACUAAAGUUAGUAGGCCUACUGCCACGAUUUUGAUUGCGUACACAGUUUAUUGGACAUGUGAGAUGUAAUUGGUAGAGCCUCCAGCCCAUGGACAUGAUACUAGAAGAAUUUAGGUUGACAAGGUAAACAAGAAAUAAAUGUGAACCUCGACGUCUUCCGCACUUUUUAUGAAUAAAGCUCACCAACCCUAACUCAAAAUGGAAUACGAGCCUGAUGAACGACGCCCUCUGAUUAGCAGGACGAUCUCAGAGGAUGGGGUGUUUGACCCUCCGCCGACCCCCGUCUACUAUGACACAUCCCGCAAGAAGCGAAGAGUGGCCUGUUUGAUCAUCUUGCUCACGGAGAUGCUUGAGAGACUUGCCUACUAUGGCAUUACUUCCAACCUCAUCCUGUUCCUCACUCUGGAACCGUACAGCUGGCUGUCUUACAACGCAAUGCACACCUUUUUUGUGUUCACAUGCGUCUCGUACAUAUUUUCUGUCGUCGGAGGAUUGAUCGCGGAUACCUGCCUGGGUAGAUUCAAGACAAUUUUCAUCAGCCUCAUCAUAUUAGUCAUUGGUGCUACCUUUUUUGUACUCAUGGGCUUUGCCUCAAUAAAAGGAAAUCAUGAUUUCAUGUGUACAUUGUGUGGUAUUGAGGGAGAUAAUAAUUCGACUAUCCACCCUGAAGGACACGACCUUGGACCUGCACCUAUGAAAUCAUCAGUGGCAUGUCUUGGUCCGUUGGUGGUAGCCACUCUCUUAACAGCAAUAGGAGGUGGGUCAGUGAGGGCCAAUCUCUCACCGUUUGGUGCAGAACAGGUGAAGCAUGAAGGACCAGAUAAGAUCCGCACUUUCUUCCAUUGGUUCUACUGGUCCAUCAACAUUGGUUCUUUCAUUGCGUUUGGGGGAGUGGCCUUUGUGCAACAAAACAUGAGCUUCUAUGUGGGAUACCUGAUGGUAGCAGUAGCUGUCGUCCUGUCCCUGGUGGUCUUCACGUGUGGACGAUGUAUCUUCCUGAUCAAAGACCCUACUGGUAGUGUGCUUCCGAACACCUUCAAGAUCAUCGCCCAGGCGUUCAGGAGACGCAAGAUGAGGAAAGAGAUCAGUAACAAACGAACAAGUAAUCACAUACUGUCGUCAUGUCCGAAGGUCACGUUCCUUGACAUGUCAAAGAAGCGAUACGGAGGCAGCUUCCAUGACUCCAUGGUAGAAGAUGUGAAGAGUCUCAAGAAAGUUAUCGGUGUCUUUGUCGUGCUGAUUCCAUACUGGAUGGUCUACUUUCAGAUGCAGAGUACAUUUGUACUUCAGGGUUUACACAUGAAAUUCACCAUGCCAAAUCAUAACGGCACAGCCCCUCCAUUCCAGUUUCCCGUUGCCUGGCUGAGCCUCUUCGAUGUGGUCGUCGUCAUCAUCCUCUUACCCAUCCUGGACAGAUGCAUCUAUCCAUGUCUGAUCCGCAGGGGAUACAACGUCUCCCUCUUCUAUCGCAUCUUCUUCGGAAUGCUCUUCAGUAUGCUGUCCGUGCUGACAGCGGGAGGCUUGGAGCUGGCCCGCAAGGACUGCUACUAUAACACCCCAAACUGCACCCUGAAUGAGACUGUUGGGAACGAGGGAAACGUUGCCACGUAUACGGCAGCGAAUAUGUGGAUUUUCUACCAGAUUCCUCAGUAUGUACUGAUUGGGAUCAGUGAGGUGCUAGCCAGUGUGGCAGGUUUGGAGUUUGCCUAUACCCACGCACCUAAAUCCAUGCAGGGUCUGAUCAUGGGUCUGUUCUGUCUCUCCAAUGGCAUUGGUUCUCUGUGUGGGAGUGCUCUAGUGGCUCUGUUAUCCAUCGAUUCAAUUGGAUGGUUCGUCUCCAAGGACCAGGGCAACAUCAACGACGGGAAGCUCGCCUACUAUUUCUUCCUGCUUGCCGGAAUUCAACUCGUAGCGACGGUGAUCUUCUUCAUGUACAACCGUGGAAACGUGAUGAACAGUCAUCCCGGGUCGCAGUCGGGGCCGAGCAGCCUCAAAUCCUCGGCAAGAACUGUUCACGUGCAGCGGAAAAACUCCACAUCUGCUGGUUCAGGGGACUGACCAAAGCUGUCAAGGUGAAGAGUUACACCUAUAUUUGGAUGAAAACAGUGAGAAUAUUCUGUUCCUGCAUAGCCCAGAUGCCAUUAUGAUACAACGUCCCUGCGCACUUCCAAAGAAAUUUCAAAGAGAAAUAAUAAUAGAGGCUUUAGCUCUGGCAGCCAUUCAGAGUCCAUUUUUGAUACACAUGUUUACAUCUGGGUCGAGAGUGGCAAUUAUAGAUUAAUGCCUCGCCAAAGGACGUACCUUGCCACGGUUGAAACCUAAUCUGUGAAGCAGGAUUGUAAUCACAUUUGGAUAUAGCACUUGCAGCAUGUAUGGCUGUUUGCCAUGGUUGUGAAAGAGGCUCAUGCGAUUUAUCGAGUUCAUAAGAGUAGAUUUCUGGUUACCAAACCAAAUUUAUCAACUUUAUGAGACCUUUAUGAUUGCAGACUUUAUCACACAAAAAACUUUUGAGUCCUGUGGCUGCUAAUUUAAAUGUCAGACAUUGGAAACAUUCCUGAAAUAUUACACAGGAUUUAUGCACAACAACGCAAACAAGUUUAGACAUUGAGGUGCAUUUUCUUAUGUUUUUGUACGUUUUGUUUAUAAAAGCAAUCUGCGGUACAUAUUCUACUAUCUUUUUAAUUUGUUUUGUUCAUAUUGUUUAGUAGAAAAAAAAUCUCUGAAAUAAGAUUGUGAAAAACUGUGAAGCUCCCAAAUGUGGAAUCUUCAUGGGUGCUGUGGUCAUAGUGGUAUAACACUCUUAAAGUGACUUGGUAACAUUGUUGGAAGAUUGAGGAAAAAAACUGAGUAAUUUUUGUAUGAAAUAUUACUUAUUAUAUUCCUUCUGCUGUACUAACCCUCU